ACAAAGGUACACUGCGUGUGUAAGCGUUUAGUUGCUUCAAGAGGGUUGGAACUUCGCAAUGCCAUUCGAUUUUCCAAAGGCGGAACUGCACUGCCACUUAGACGGUUGCUUUCGACUAUCGACAUGUAUUGAACUGGCAAGAGAACGUGGGGUCGAAUUGCCGUCAUACGAUGUGAAUGAACUAAGGUCGCUCGUAUGUAAACUGCAACGAACUGCCAGCCUCGAUGAAUAUCUUGCCCAUUUUAUGGUCACAACACCCGUAUUUGCCGGCAGCCGAGAAGCGAUCAAAAGAUUGACAAUGGAGGCAAUCGAGGACAAGCACCAGCAAGGAAUUUCUUACAUCGAAUUUCGUUUCUGCCCGCACCUGUUGGCUGAUUGUGACGUAACACCCCGGCUAAACGCUAAAACCGCAGGUACUCUUACACCCCGUGGCGUAGUAGAAGCAGUGUGUACGGCUGCUGAAGAAGCAAGAUCUCGAUUCCCUGUUGUUGUACGAUUUAUCUUGUGUGCUUUAUUAGAUUUACCUGACUGGUCCAUGGAGCUUGCCCAUAUGUGCAAAGAGUUCGCAUUGCGUGGUGUUGUGGCGCUGGACAUUGCCGGGGCAGGAAUCGAAGCCGAUUCAACAUUCGACGAUCACAAAGCAGCAUUCGAUUUUUGUAAAGAGCACAGUAUUGACAUAACGGUUCAUGCUGGAGAGAAGGGCGGACCAAACCAAGUGCACGAGGCUGUACAUAAGCUUCACGCCACCAGGAUAGGGCACGGUUACAAGACCAUCAAUGACAAAGCGGUAUAUGAUGACGUCAUCAAAAAGCAGAUCCAUCUCGAGGUUUGUCCGAUUUCCAGCAACCUGACCGCGUCUGUACCUGAAGACAUGACAGCGCAUCCUGCGAUAAGCUUCCUAAAUGACGGCGUAAACUUCUCAUUGAAUACCGAUAACCCUGGAUUCCACGACGCGGAUAUCCUGCACGAUUAUGACGUGGCGUCACGCAUGUUCCGCUUCACCGAGGAGCAAAUAAAGGAAUUGAAUUUAAACGCCCUUCGUUCUUCUUUCGUCGAAGCUCCAAUGAAAGAAAAAUUGAUAAAGGAUUUUAAGGAAGCUUACUGCAAGGCAUAGGCUGAUAGAUUCUGGUGUCGCUUUCAUUGUUGUUUAUCGUAUAUAUAUUUAUAUAAACAACGGAAUACAUCUGUGCUGGCGAUUUGGGA